AUGGCUCCCGGACACACUCGAAAUACGCGCGCGCCGCGCCGCACGAGCCGCACGUCGCCCCUGCGCACGCUCACGACCCUCGCCUUCGCCUUCGCCGCCCUCCCCGGCGCGUCGGCCCUCGCCCCGCCGCCGACCCUCGCCCAGGCCGACGCCUUCCACGUCCACUACGGCGCGGGGAAGCUGGGCCUGGGCCUCGUCGUCCCCGCCGUCGCGGCGGCGGGCACGCCCCUCGCCGUCGUCCAGCGGCCGUCGGAGAAGUGGGCGGCGCUCGAGGGCCCGUUCGACCUGCGCGUCAACGGCGACGUCGUCGUCGAGGGCGUCGCCCGCGUCGACGCGCUCGACGCGUCCCCCCCGCCGGCGGUGUCGUUCGUCCUCGACGACGACCCGGCGCACCUCGCGGCCCUCGCGGGCCGCGCGACGUCGUUCUCGUGCUCGCUCGGCGGCGCGAUGGCCGACGAGAUGGCCGCGGCGCUCGGGUCGCUCCCCGUGCGCGACGACCCGCCCGUGCUCUACUGCGCGGAGAACGACCACGACGCCGUCGCCGCGCUGCGGGAGACGCUCGCGGGCCGCGCGCGCGUCGUCGACUGCGUCGUCGACCGGGUCUGCACCGCGGCCGACGUCUCGGCGAGCGCCGUCGACGUCGCCGCGGAGCCCUGGGGCGGGUCCAUCUGCGUCGUCGAGCCGGGCCUCGACAACUCGCCCUUCGACGACCGCGCGACGCUCGCGGCCAGCGCCGAGCACGCGGCGUUCCUCUCGAAACGGAAGGCCUCGCUCGUCAACGGCAUGCACACGGUGCUCAGCUUCCUGACGCUCCAGGAGGUCGGGCCCGACGGCGACGCGACGCUCCUCAAGUACAGCGACAUGCGCCGGUCGAACCAGCGCCUCGUCGAGGCCUGGCGCACGGUCCGCGUCGCGGAGCUGCUCGAGGAGUUCGGGGCCGACCGAGUGAACGCGUGGGGGCCGGGGCCGGGCCUGCCGGUGCAGGCCUGGUGCGCGCUCCUCGACUUCGCCGACGAGGUGCUCGUGGAGCGCUUCUCCAAGGUCGACGACCGCGUGAAGCGCGUGCUCGGCGGCGGCGUCGAGGACCGCUUCGAGACGCGGCUCAUGCCCGCGGGCGACUGGGUGCUCAAGCACGGCGCCGCGCACCGCGAGUUCUUCCUCUUCGCCGCGAAGCGCGACCGCGAGCGCGCGCGCGCGCGGCGCCGCGCGCGGCCCGCCUUCGUCUUCGCGGAGUCGGACCGCAUCGAGCCGCCGCGCGUGUCGCCGCGCAUGGCGCUCCGCCGCGCGCGGCUCGCGUGCGUCGAGCUCCUCAUCGAGGCGCGGCCCUUCUGCUCCAAGGAGCAGAUGAUUUUGCAUCCCCCGAAGAAGGCGUCGAAGCGCCGCCGCGCCGCGUCCGCGAUGCAGCGCUGGUGGGCCGACAAGACGAACGGCGACGAGCCCGCGCCCGCCUACAGCCGCUAG